AUUUUUGGUCUCUCCAGCAGCGUCUUUUCUUAAGCGGCAGCGGCAGCGGGAGGAAAAGCAGCCCCAGCUAUGACUGCCGCAUGUUGAUAGCUGCCGCUUGGGUCCCUCGGCUGCUGCUGGAGACAGAGCCUGACUCCGAAGUUGUGCAACUGUGGACUGGAAGAGACAUUUGAACCCUCCACUCCCUUUGCUCCGUUUUUACCCCCUUGGUGUGUGUGAAGCGAGGAAACGUAAAGGAAGACAAACAUUUGGCUUUUGCCCCCUCCUCCCUUCCCUUUUCUUCAUGGCUGUGUAGCAGAAGAAAGGGGGAAGGAAAGACUUUUUGCUGUUUCCUUGGCUGGGGUCUCCACCCUCCUGCUGCCUUCUCUGCGCUUUGGCUAUCAUUCUUGGACACGUGCAGUGGGGGUGUCUUCGCUGGGGCCGCUCGGUCUUUUGCCCCGAGCUCCAUGGCUGGAUUGUGGAAACCACCGGGCUGCAGGUUGUUGAGCAACUGAUGGGACGUUCUCAGGGACCGGCGGUUACGAAAGAAAUGUUUAAAUGUUCAGUAAAUCGGAGGAAAAAAACAUGGAUUUUUAGCAACUGAAGAGCAAAUUAAGGAUUCAGAUUUGGGAUAUUGGUGUUUCUGUUUUGAAGAAUAUUUCCUUUUGAGCUUUUUUUUUUAAUCAUCGGUCUUGGACUACAGAAGAAUCAGAAAGACACUUAUUUUGUUUCAAGUUUGGAACAGUCACUCUUGAGGCACUCUCAUGCCUGAGAACACGACCAUGUGGCCAUCACAGCUACUAGUCUUCAUGAUGCUCUUAGCACCGAUAGUUCAUGGUGGCAAGCACAGUGAGCGACAUCCAGCCCUUGCUGCUCCACUGCGACAUGCUGAGCGCAGCCCAGGAGGCGCUCUACCUCCCAGACAUCUCCUUCAGCAGCCAGCUGCGGAGCGCGCCACUGCUCAUCGUGGACAAGGGCCCCGUGGAGCUGCCAGAGGAGUUCGUGGUCCAGGUGCCCAAGGAGCUCAGAUCUCAGCCCAAGCUUUCAGCCGUGCCCCAAUUCCGAUGGCUGUGGUCCGCAGAGAGCUCUCCUGUGAGAGCUACCCCAUAGAGCUCCGCUGUCCAGGAACAGAUGUCAUCAUGAUUGAAAGUGCCAACUAUGGGAGGACUGAUGACAAAAUUUGUGACUCUGACCCUGCUCAGAUGGAGAAUAUACGAUGCUAUCUGCCUGAUGCCUAUAAGAUUAUGUCUCAAAGGUGCAAUAACAGAACCCAGUGUGCAGUGGUGGCAGGUCCCGAUGUUUUUCCAGACCCAUGUCCGGGAACCUAUAAAUACCUUGAAGUGCAGUAUGAAUGUGUCCCUUACAUUUUUCUUUGUCCUGGACUACUAAAAGGAGUAUACCAGAGUGAACAUUUGUUUGAGUCCGACCACCAAUCUGGGGCAUGGUGCAAAGACCCUCUGCAGGCUUCUGACAAGAUUUAUUAUAUGCCCUGGACCCCCUACAGAACUGAUACCCUGACUGAGUACUCAUCCAAGGAUGACUUCAUUGCUGGAAGGCCAACUACAACCUACAAGCUCCCUCACAGGGUGGAUGGCACAGGAUUUGUAGUGUAUGACGGAGCUUUGUUCUUCAAUAAAGAGCGCACCAGGAACAUAGUAAAGUUUGAUUUGCGGACUAGGAUAAAGAGUGGAGAGGCUAUCAUAGCAAACGCCAAUUACCAUGAUACCUCCCCUUACCGUUGGGGAGGCAAAUCUGACAUAGACCUGGCAGUGGAUGAGAAUGGGCUAUGGGUAAUCUAUGCAACAGAACAAAACAAUGGUAAAAUUGUCAUUAGUCAGUUGAACCCUUACACCCUACGGAUUGAAGGGACAUGGGAUACUGCAUAUGAUAAAAGGUCAGCUUCCAACGCAUUUAUGAUAUGUGGGAUUCUGUAUGUGGUCAAAUCUGUAUAUGAGGAUGAUGACAAUGAGGCCACAGGGAAUAAGAUUGACUACAUUUACAACACCGACCAAAGUAAGGAUAGUUUGGUGGAUGUACCCUUUCCCAAUUCAUACCAGUACAUAGCAGCUGUGGAUUACAAUCCCAGGGACAACCUUCUUUAUGUAUGGAAUAACUAUCACGUCGUGAAAUAUUCUUUGGAUUUUGGACCUCUGGAUAGUAGAUCAGGACAGGCACAUCAUGGACAGGUACCAUACAUCUCUCCACCAAUUCACCUUGACUCUGAGCUAGAAAGACCCCCUGUUAGAGAUAUCUCUACCGCAGGACCUCUUGGCACGGGAAGCACCACCACCAGUACCGCCCUUCGGACCACAACUUGGAGCCCCGGCAGGAGUACCACCCCAUCGGUGUCAGGAAGAAGAAACCGGAACACCAGCACCCCAUCUCCAGCAGUUGAGGUACUUGACGACAUUACCACACACCUUCCGUCAGGAUCAUCCCAAAUCCCAGCUCUAGAAGAGAGCUGUGAGGCUGUGGAAGCUCGAGAAAUCAUGUGGUUUAAGACCCGUCAAGGACAGAUGGCAAAGCAGCCAUGCCCUGCAGGAACUAUAGGAGUAUCAACUUAUCUAUGCCUGGCUCCUGAUGGAAUCUGGGAUCCCCAAGGACCAGACCUUAGCAACUGUUCUUCUCCUUGGGUCAGCCAUAUAACACAGAAGUUGAAAUCUGGAGAGACAGCUGCCAACAUUGCUAGAGAACUGGCUGAACAGACAAGAAAUCAUUUGAAUGCUGGAGAUAUCACUUAUUCAGUCCGGGCCAUGGAUCAGCUGGUAGGCCUCCUAGAUGUGCAGCUCCGGAACUUGACCCCAGGUGGAAAAGAUAGUGCUGCACGAAGUUUGAACAAGCUUCAGAAAAGAGAGCGCUCUUGCAGAGCCUAUGUCCAGGCAAUGGUCGAGACAGUUAACAACCUCCUCCAGCCACAAGCCUUGAAUGCCUGGAGAGACCUGACUACAAGUGAUCAACUACGUGCAGCCACCAUGUUGCUUGACACUGUGGAGGAAAGUGCUUUUGUGCUGGCUGAUAACCUUUUGAAGACUGACAUCGUCAGGGAGAACACAGACAAUAUUCAAUUGGAAGUUGCAAGGCUGAGCACUGAAGGAAACUUAGAAGACCUAAAGUUUCCAGAAAACAUGGGUCAUGGAAGCACUAUCCAGCUCUCUGCAAAUACUCUAAAACAAAAUGGCCGAAAUGGAGAGAUCAGAGUGGCCUUUGUCCUGUAUAACAACUUGGGUCCUUAUUUGUCCACGGAGAAUGCCAGCAUGAAGUUGGGAACAGAGGCUAUGUCCACCAAUCAUUCUGUUAUCGUCAAUUCCCCAGUUAUUACAGCAGCAAUAAACAAAGAAUUCAGUAAUAAGGUUUAUUUGGCUGAUCCUGUGGUGUUCACUGUUAAACACAUCAAGCAGUCUGAGGAAAACUUCAAUCCUAACUGUUCAUUUUGGAGCUAUUCCAAGCGCACAAUGACAGGUUAUUGGUCAACCCAAGGCUGUCGGCUCCUGACAACAAAUAAGACACAUACUACAUGCUCUUGUAACCACCUAACCAAUUUUGCAGUACUGAUGGCACAUGUGGAAGUUAAGCACAGUGAUGCGGUCCAUGACCUUCUUCUGGAUGUGAUCACAUGGGUUGGAAUUUUGCUGUCCCUUGUUUGUCUCCUGAUUUGCAUCUUCACAUUUUGCUUUUUCCGUGGACUCCAGAGUGACCGUAACACCAUCCAUAAGAACCUCUGCAUCAGCCUUUUUGUAGCAGAACUGCUCUUCUUGAUCGGGAUCAACCGAACAGAUCAACCAAUUGCCUGUGCCGUUUUUGCUGCUCUCUUACAUUUCUUCUUCUUGGCUGCCUUCACGUGGAUGUUCCUGGAGGGAGUGCAGCUGUAUAUCAUGCUGGUGGAGGUUUUUGAGAGUGAACAUUCACGAAGGAAAUACUUUUACCUGGUCGGCUAUGGGAUGCCUGCGCUCAUUGUGGCUGUGUCAGCUGCAGUAGACUAUAGGAGUUAUGGAACAGAUAAAGUAUGUUGGCUCCGACUUGACACCUACUUCAUUUGGAGUUUUAUAGGACCAGCGACCUUGAUAAUUAUGCUUAAUGUAAUCUUCCUUGGGAUUGCUUUAUAUAAAAUGUUUCAUCACACUGCCAUUCUGAAACCUGAAUCGGGCUGUCUUGAUAAUAUCAAGUCAUGGGUUAUAGGUGCAAUAGCUCUUCUCUGCCUAUUAGGAUUGACCUGGGCCUUUGGACUCAUGUAUAUUAAUGAAAGCACAGUCAUCAUGGCGUAUCUCUUCACCAUUUUCAAUUCUCUACAGGGAAUGUUUAUAUUCAUUUUCCAUUGUGUCCUACAAAAGAAGGUACGAAAAGAGUAUGGGAAAUGUCUGCGAACACAUUGUUGUAGUGGCAAAAGUACAGAGAGCUCCAUUGGCUCAGGGAAAACAUCUGGUUCUCGAACUCCUGGGCGAUACUCCACAGGCUCACAGAGCCGAAUUCGUAGGAUGUGGAAUGACACGGUCCGAAAGCAGUCAGAGUCUUCCUUCAUUACUGGAGAUAUAAACAGUUCAGCGUCACUCAACAGAGAGGGGCUUCUGAACAAUGCCAGGGAUACAAGUGUCAUGGAUACUCUACCACUGAAUGGUAACCAUGGCAAUAGUUACAGCAUUGCCAGUGGCGAAUACUUGAGCAACUGUGUGCAAAUCAUAGACCGUGGCUAUAACCAUAACGAGACCGCCCUAGAGAAAAAGAUUCUGAAGGAACUCACUUCCAACUAUAUCCCGUCUUACCUGAAUAACCAUGAGCGCUCCAGCGAACAGAACAGGAAUCUGAUGAACAAGCUGGUGAAUAACCUGGGCAGUGGGAGUGAAGAUGAUGCCAUUGUCCUGGAUGAUGCCACCUCCUUUAACCAUGAGGAGAGUCUGGGCCUAGAACUUAUUCAUGAGGAAUCUGAUGCUCCUUUGCUGCCCCCAAGAGUUUACUCCACAGAGAACCACCAGCCACAUCAUUACACCAGAAGACGGAUCCCCCAAGACCACAGUGAGAGCUUUUUCCCUUUGCUAACCAACGAGCACACAGAAGAUCUCCAGUCACCCCACAGGGACUCUCUCUACACCAGCAUGCCGGCACUGGCUGGUGUGCCUGCCGCAGAGAGCGUUACCACCAGCACCCAGACCGAACCCCCACCGGCCAAAUGUGGUGAUGCCGAAGAUGUUUACUACAAAAGCAUGCCAAACCUAGGCUCCAGAAACCACAUCCAUCAGCUGCAUACCUACUACCAGCUAGGUCGCGGUAGCAGUGAUGGAUUUAUAGUUCCUCCAAACAAAGAUGGGACCCCUCCAGAGGGGAGUUCAAAAGGACCUGCUCAUUUGGUCACUAGCCUAUAGAAGAUGACAGAAAUUUAAGCCAACAAAACUGCUAACACCUGGUUGACUGUUCUGAGUUGAUAUAAGCAGUGGUAAUAAUGUGUGUACUCCUAAAUCUUUAUGCUGUUCUUAAACGACAAACACGAACUCUCAGACUUCUUUUUUUUUUCUUUUUUUUUUCUAAACUGGGAUUUUUUUAGGUCAGCCCAGGGGAGAAAGAUAAUUGCUGAAAUUCCCCUGUGCCAGCUUCUUUCCUGUCCUUCCCCCCUCAGAUGGAGACUUCAUUAUGUUAAUGAACGAGAUUUGAAGAAAAUGGCGCUCAUUGUGGCCUUGUUGAAUUAUGUU